CUCCCCUGCCACGCUUCCAUUUUUCACGCGAUUUCCACGUUGUCAGUAUUCACAACAAAUAUGGCUUUGAAUUCUUUUGUUGUUAUUAUUUUUUCUAUUUUGGUACAUGUUAUUUGUGAAAAUAAUGAAGACAGUUUUAAAGUUGAGGUAUUAUCUAUCCCGUCAGGCGUAUGCGAUAGAAAAGCUGCAAAUGGUGAUCAAAUUUCAAUGCACUAUAUUGGCACAUUAGAGAAAAAUGGCAAAAAAUUUGAUGCAAGCUAUGAUCGUAAUGAACCAUUUACUUUUGUAUUGGGAGCUGCCCAAGUUAUCCCUGGUUGGGAGAAAGGUAUUCCAGGAAUGUGUGUGGGGGAAAGGCGAAGGUUAACUCUUCCACCAUCAUUAGCUUAUGGUGAUCAAGGAUUUGGUGAUAUUAUCCCUCCUCGAUCUACUCUGGUUUUUGAAAUUGAGCUAAUGGCUAUUAAUGACAAUAUUGAUCGAAAUACUGUCUCAGAUGUUGAUGAAGAUGAAAGCUUAACAAAAGAAGAGUUUGAUAAUUAUAUUGAUGAAUCUCAAGUUCACGACCACCAUGACCAUGAUCAUGAUCAUGACCAUGAUCAUAGUCAUGACCAUGAUCAUAGUCAUCAUGACCACCAUGACCACCAUAACUCAUUUGAAGAACUAGACCUAAAUAAUGAUGGAGGUUUAACAAGUGAAGAAAUGAGUACUUAUAUUCGAAAGUUUCAAGAAGCUGCAUCAAAUCUUGACGAUAUAGAGGCAAUACCCAGUAGUGAUGAGUCUAUUGAAACAAUCGUUAGCGAAAUAUUUCAAGAAGAUGAUAAAAAUAAAGACGGAAUAAUAUCAAAAGAUGAAUAUAUGCAUGCAUCGUUAAAUGAAGAUUUUAAUGAAGACCAUAUUAAAGAAGAGCUAUAAAAAUCUAAAACCAAUAGUUUCAAUUUAUUUUACAAAUAGUUUAUUUCAA